AUGACAGCAGAAAUGCAUAUGUGAUUUAACAUUAGUGAUAUUAGGAUUAGAAUGUUUCAUGAACUAAUUUCAUGUAUAUAUAAAUAAGUCGACCAACAUACGUAGGCGUAUAACAGUCGGGCGUACAGUUUCGUUAUACAGUUACAUUAAUUUAUGUAUGGUGGAAAAUCAAAUAAUUCUGAUAUAGAUAUCACAAUGAAUGAACAAAGGCAAUCGGUCGGAAUACUUGGUACUGGCGACUUUGCACGCGCACUGGCAAAGCGACUCUACUUCUCCGGAUAUGACGUAAUUAUAGGAAGCAGAAGACCGGAAGAAAAUCUACUUUCCGCGAUAGACGAGUGUUUAUGUAACAUGUCUCUCGUAAGCAUAGAAGAAUGUAUUGAAUCAGUUUCCGUCAUUUUCUUAGCGGUUCAUGCUGAAAACUUCAAAGAUUUGUUACAAGAAUAUACUGAACACUUCGAUGGUAAAAUUGUUGUUGAUGUUUCAAAUAGGGAUAAGGCAAGUGAUACUUAUUCAAAUGCAGAAUAUCUUCAAACACUCAUUCCACGGGCAUCAGUAGUCAAGGCGUUUAACGUCAUUUCCGCUUACGCAAUGGAAAACAAUUACAACACAAGCAGUCGACAAGUCUUUAUUGCAGGCAACAAUGACCUUGCUCGAGGAGCUGUUUCAAAUAUUGCUCGUGCAAUGAAUUUUACUCCAGUAGAUUUUGGAAGCCUCAUAGCUGCUCGACGAAUUGAGAAACAUCCACUAUUAUUAUUUCCCGGCUGGAGUGGACCAUGUUGGUUUACUAUAACAGUGUUCAUUAUUUGGCUGUUAUAUCUGGUUUUCAUUUAUUAUAUUGAACAGACAGUCUACGAAUGGGAACAAAUAUUUGUAAAAGUGUUGAACAAAGCCAUCUGUAUGACUGGAAUUACAGUACUGUCUGUGACAUACUUAGCUAGCAGCUUUGCAGCAAUAAUACAGCUGUAUAAUGGGACAAAACACAUCCGGUUCUCAAGAUGGUUAGACAAAUGGUUGAAAAAUCGCAAACAGCUUGGACUAAUUUCGUUCAUGUUGAUAGCAAUUCAUGCCAUCAUGUCAACACUUAUAAUGUCACCUACAUAUCUAAGAUCAUGGUACCAUUCAACGAAAAUAGUUAUUCCGCAUAACAUGUCUGAAGCGUAUGAAUUUCAAAAUAUUAACUGGAUGACAUGGAAAGGAGAAGCUGCGUGUAUGACCGGUAUCUUUUCAUUUACUCUUCUAUGUUUCGUCUGUGUUUCUACCUUACCGUCGGUCACAGACACACUUAACUGGCGAGAAUGGCGUUUUGUGCAGUCAAAGCUUGGCCACUUGGCGUUAUUUCUAGCAGUUGUCCACGUGUUAGUAAUGGGCAUACCAGGUUGGGCGAAAACUCCAAAGAAGGUAUACAAAUCCAUAACAUUUUUAUCCUCAUUUCUUCCGUGGAUAACCAUUUUGUUGAAACUGUUUUUCUCAAUACCGUGUGUCGAUAGAUAUAUUACAAAAAUUAGAAAAGGUUGGGAAAGGAAAGACGCACGAUGCAAGGCCACAUGUGUUCGUUCAAAGAACCAUAGUUAUGCCAUUGUGAAUUGCAGCCAGACAACUGGAAAAGUAGGCGAUAACUGUUUAUGUCCAUGUGAUGUUGUAGACAUGACAACAUUUGAUAAAACCAACUGUGUAUACUCUGAAACUAAGAACACUUGAUAUUUGUGUCUUAACAUAUUUAUAUUUCCGCAUAAUAAUUUGUCAUAUUUUUUCACAUAAUUGGAAACGUGGUAGUGAAAUGAUCCUUUUAGAUGAAUUACCUGAAAAAUCAGUGAAAUGAUUUCAUAUUCAACUGCCCAGCUGUUUUUGUUCAGAAGAAAUACAAAAAGACCAAAACAUUGUGCUUCCUACUUGGCAGAAUGAUGUUAAACACAUAUUUACUACCAAAUGAAGUUGCAUCCAAAGUUCUGAUACCCAACCUAUAUCAGCAAACUUUAUUACAAUAGCGCCGCUUUAAUCAGAAAAUAGGUUACCGUCUCUCCGACGAUGUGAAUUCAAUAAAAGUCCUUCUCAGACCCUAAUAUUCCAUGAUCCAGCCGCAAAAAUAUAUAUUUCUGACAAACGCUAUGUCGAAUACUUUCCACUACGUUGUAAAAAUGACUCGUAAUAAUUAAAUCAAAACUAGUAAAAGAGCGGAGAAAGCUGGUUCGUAGAACCGUUAUAUAAAUAUGUAUUUUGUAGUUGUUUUUCAAAAGCAAGAUGGCAUCAUUUUGAUGUCGGAGAAUGUUAACCAAACAUGCUUAAAAUUCCGUGCUUAUAUUAGCGCAUGGACAAUAGUUGGCACAAAAAUGUUACAUACAGCUAGUUUGACGAAGGUGUCUUAUUUGAUAUGUGUAUUUGAUUUGAUAUAUAUGUAUCGUAUCUAAUUAGUUAAAUGUAUCCGAUUUGAUAUAGUUGCAUCUGAUUGGAUAUUUGAUUUGAUAUGUGCAUCUCAUGUUAUAUAUGCAUCUGAUUUGUAUAUGAAUCUCAUUUGAUUUAUGCAUAAGAUAUGAUAUAUACAUAUUAUUUGAUAUAUGCAUGUUAUUU